CCGCCCCCACUACGUCUCCAGCGGGAAGGUGGGAGGGAGGCAUGACGUCACCGCAGUCCCCGCCCCUCCAUUUCGGAAGGAAGGAAGGAAGGAAGGAAGUCAGCGAAGAGACGGGAAGUGAGGAUUCUGUGGACCCACUUCUGGCAUGAGGAGAAAGAGGAGAAAGAAAACAGCAUCUACCGUAUACUGAGGAAUUUGGAAACAAAACGUGUAGUAAAGAAGGGAGUCUUAUAAGAGGAGGAAGUCCUUCUUAGGUCUUCUGACAUGGAGGAGAAACCCUAUAAAUGCCUUGAGUGCAGGAAGAGCUUCACUGCGAGUGGAAGUCUACGUUCACAUCAAAGAACACACACUGGAGAGAAACCCUAUAAAUGUCUGGAGUGUGGAAAGAGCUUCAGUAAGCGUGGAAAUCUAUAUCAACAUCAAAGAACCCACACUAGGGAGAAACCCUAUACAUGUCUCGAGUGUGGAAAAAGCUUCAGUAAGAUUAGAAGUCUACGUUCACAUCAACGGACUCACACUGGGGAGAAGCCCUAUCAAUGCACGACAUGUAGAAAGAGCUUCACUCAGAGUGGAAGUCUACGUUCACAUCAGAGGACUCACACUGGGGAGAAACCCUAUAAAUGCGUGGUGUGUGAAAAGAGCUUUGCUCGCAAUGGUGGCCUACGUUCACAUCAAAAAACCCACACUGGGGAGAAAGCCUAUACGUGCCUGGAAUGUGGAAAGAGCUUCAGUGGGAGUGGCAAUCUACAAAGUCAUUAUAGAAUUCACACUGGGGAGAAACCAUAUAAAUGCCUGGAGUGCGGAAAGAGCUUCACUCACAGUGGACAUCUACAUUUACAUUAUAGAACCCACACUGGGGAGAAACCCUUUUCAUGCCUUGAGUGUGGAAAGAGCUUCAGUGACCGUGGAGGUCUACAUAAACACCAUAGAAUCCACACUGGUGAAAAACUCUAUACAUGCCUGGAAUGUGAAAAGAGCUUCGCUCACAGUGGAACUCUACAUAGACAUCAUAGAACCCACACUGGAGAGAAACCCUAUACAUGCCUGGAGUGUGGAAAGAGGUUCACUCACAGUGGAAGUCUACGUAGACAUCAUAGAACCCACACCGGGGAGAAACCCUUUUCAUGCCUGGAGUGUGGAAAGAUCUUUGCUGACAGUGGAAAUCUAGAUAAACAUCAUAGAACCCACACCGGGAAGAAGCCCUAUAAAUGCCUGGAGUGUGGAAAGAGCUUCGCUUACAGUGGAUAUCUGUAUCAACAUCAAAGAAUUCACACGAGGGAUAAUCCCUAUAAAUGCCUGGAGUGUGGAAAGAACUUCCCUGUGAGCGGAGGUCUACAGAGACAUUGUAGAAUUCACACUGGAGUGAAAGGUGGUAUUUGACACCCAAGAGACUCUCUAAGGUGUAAAAAGGCAAUUCUCAUAAAUACGUUGUUGGGCUAUUUUAUCAUAUUGUGGUCUUGCAGAAUGGCCCUGAUAGAACGAGAUAGUCUCAAAUUUGAGACUAUAAAACCCAUAAUGCAUGACAGUCAGGUGUGGUACUCCAUUUUUGCAAUUUGGCAAUCACCCCUUAGCUGUUCUGUAGAAUUUAUUUUUUUAUUUAUCUUAUCAGGAAUGAACCAAUGUAUUUGAGAAAAAACAAAGUUUAAAAACUUGACAAUCUAUUAAAUGUCCUUUGACCAGUAGCUGGCCACUUGGUGCCUCAGGUGUUGCUAUAAGAAGGGCCUUCACUGUGCAUGUGGCAGGGCUCAGGCUGCAUUGUAAUAGAAUCAUAGAGUUGGAAGACAUCUCAUGGGCCAUCCACUCCAACCCCCUGCCAAGAAACAGGACAACCGUGUUCAAAGCACCCCCAACAAAUGGCCAUCCCUAACCCUAACUCUGAUAGGUGGCCUGUUGUUUGGUCUUCUCCACACUCACAUGUCAUGGACUCCACUUUGUAGACCCAUUUCUUAAGGUCAGCUCUGCAUUUCGUGGUACCAGAGCGCAGUCUGCUCAGCGCCUCCCAAGUCGCCCAGUUUCUGUAUGCCCAGGAGGGAAUCUCUCAUUUGGUAUCAGCCAUUGAUUGACAUUCUGGGUUUGAGCCUGCCACUUUUGGACUCUCGCUUGCUGGGGUGUUCCAGCAAGUGUCUCUGUAGAUCUAAGAGAACUAUUUCUUGAUUUAAGGCGUUGGCAUGCUGGCCAAUAUCCAAACAGGGGAUGGGCUGGAGAUGUCACUGCCUUGGUCCUUUCACUAUUGGUUGCUACUUCCCGGUGGAUGUCAGGUGGUGCAAUACUGGCAAGACAGUAUAAUUUCUCCAACGGUGUAAGGUGCAGACAGCCUGUGAUAAUGCAGCAUGUCUCAUUAAGAGCCACAUCCACUGUUUUAGCAUGGUGAGAUGUGUUCCACACUGGGCAUGCGUACUCAGCAGCAGAGUAGCCAAGGGCAAGUGCAGAUGCCUUCACUGUGUCUGGUUGUGAUCCCCAGGUUGUGCCAGUCAGCUUUUGUAUGAUAUUGUUUCUAGCACCCACUUUUUGCUUGUUAUUCAGGCAGUGCUUUUUGUAAGUCAGAGCACAGUCCAGAGUGACUCCCAGGUAUUUGGGUGUGUUGCAAUGCUCCAAUGGGAUUCCUUCUCAGGUCUUCCUCAGAGCUUGAGGUGCUUGUCUGUUCUUAAGAUGGAACACACACAUCUGUGUUUUAGAUAGAUGAGGAAUCAGCUGUUUCUCCCUGUAAUAGGCAGUAACAGCACCUAACUCUAUGCAACGAGAGGGGACGUUUGGGAGCGAUCGUUUCAAUUGCCCUAGACAUCUCGCUAUUAUAGCGAUCAACCAGAGUGUUGAUAGGAUUGUCAGGAGUCCUUCUGGAUCCACAAGUCAGACCAUGACAAUGGAAGAAUGUUUUGCUCUUCCACUCUGACUACCGUCCGCAAUGAAAACUAGGUCAAGUGUGUGACUGGCCUGAUGCAUGUGGACAGAUACUAAUUACUUGAGUCAGCCCCAUGGUUGUCAUGGCAACCAUGAAAUCCUGAGCUGCACCUGUUAAUAUGGUCUCUGUGUGAAUGUUGAAAUCUCCCAGAACUACCAGUUGCUGGGAGCCUGAGGCCAGAUUGGAGACCACUUCUGCUCGUUCAGGCAGGGAAACUGCUGAGUCGUGGGGUGGCCGGUACACCAGCAGAAUCCCCAACCUGUCUUGGGUUCCCACCUUCAGGUAGACACACUCAAACCCGGAGGAUUGAGGGUUUGCAGCUGACCAGAGCAAUGGACUGCCGAAAGAUCACUGCAACUGUUUGUUCCUUUUUCGUACCUACCAUUGAUAUAAAUUGAAAAAAAGAUCUAAGAAUACUACUUGAGAGAGGAAUGUAAAGUGUUGUCAUUGGAAUGUACAAUUUUGAGUACCUGACUUAUAACUAUUUAUGUGAAAAUGUUAUAGGCUCCAGUUAAUUCAUCACAAUAGUCUUGGAUAUAGUCGCCUGAGGAAGACUAAAAAAAUUGAAACCGGUUGUGUGUUCUAAAGACUUUUCAGUUCAACUCCACAAAUGUCUAAUUUAUGUUUAGUUUGAUAUUCAUUUUGAUGUACGGAGCAUCAAAAUUAUAAUUGUAAAUUGUGUACUUGUUUAUUUAAUAUAAGUUUAUAUUUCAUAACUGUUUAUUGAUUAUUGACUAAUGCAUACUGUUGUACUUGUGGUUAUAUAUUCGUUUGGUGUAUAGACAGGCCUAUGAAAGCAACUCCGCUGCUUUUCAAAACCAUCUUCUAUAUGCUGAGUCAGGUUCAACACUUGUGAUGUGCAGCUUUUGCCCUUCCUUAAACCAGCUUGUGGUGGAAUAAUAAUAAUAAUAAUAAUAAUAAUAAUAAUAAUAAUAAUAAUAAAGCUUUAUUUAUACCCACUCCAUCUCCCCCAGGGGGACUCGGUGCGGCUUACAUGAGCCCACGCCCAUCAAUACAAUACAAGCAAUAUAACACAAAACACAAUAAAACAAGCAAAAUACAUAAAAUGCAAAGUCAAAAUAAUAUACAACACAACAAUAUAAAAUCAAGCAUUAAAAACACAGGAAAUUUCACUAGGCAGGGCCAGAUGCAAGGAUAUAUUUUUUUAAACACUGGGAGAUAGGACAGUGUAUAGUAUAAGGAGGAGGCUCCGGGAAUGAGGAAGGAUUUCAUUGCACAAACCAUAAAAUAAAGUGCGUCUAAGGACAUUUUGUGCAAAGUGUGGUCAGGGAGAGUCUUACAUUCAAUUACUGAAGGCACAUUGGAAUAACCAGGUUUUCAAAUUCUUCCUGAAGAUUGCCAGUGUGGGAGCUUGCCUAAUAUCUCUGGGGAGUGAGUUCCAGAACCGGGGGGCCACCACAGAAAAGGCCCUCUCUCUCGUCCCCACAAGUCGCACUUGCGAUGCGGGCGGGAGCGAAAGAAGGGCCUCUCCGGAAGAUCGAAAGGAUCGUGUGGGUUCGUAGACGGAAAUAUGGUCGCGU